AAACAUUUUGUAAUGUCGGUCAUGUCAAAAUUUAUCGAAAUAUUGUCUCGUGAUAAACAAUUUUUCAUAUUUAAGCUUCAUUAAAGUUUGAAAUUAAGUUUAUUUUGCGUUUGUUAACUUUGUAUACGACAAAAUAUACUUUAGCUGUAUUUUCGACAUACUUUCUGAUAGUUUAUCCCACCGAAAACGCCGGCGAUUUGCGUAAUAUGUUUAUGUGUUAAACUUUCGUAGAUAUGGCAUCCGGGUCAAAAAAUGAUAUUGUUAAUAGACUUCUAAAUGUGAGACUCGACGAUGGUGCUGAGGGUGACGAGGCACCGCCUCAGAAUAUGUUGCCUUCGAACCAACACGCAAGACAAAUAGUUUUAGCGCAAGAAGAAGACAACGGACAGGCUGUGGAGCAUAUCGCUUCCUCGUCAGCUAUAGAAAACCUACAGCCCACAAACAAUACUGGGGGACGGCUACACAACUGGCAAGCGACUAAAACCACUGUGAAGGAACGUUUGUCAUUCCUAUUCAACAAUGAAAUACUCUGUGAUGUCCACUUCAUUGUGGGUAAAGAUGCAAAUCAGCAAGUCAUUCCCGCGCAUAAAUUUGUGCUGUCUGUGGGUAGUGCGGUGUUCGACGCAAUGUUUAAUGGUGUACUAGCUACUAAGUCUGAUGAGGUUGAAUUGCCAGAUGUAGAACCAGCUGCUUUUCUUCACCUAUUGAAGUUUCUUUAUUCAGAUGAAGUUAGAAUCGGUCCAGAGAGUGUUAUGACUACACUGUACACAGCUAAGAAGUAUGCAGUGGCUGCUUUAGAGGAGCACUGUGUUGACUUCCUUAAAAGUAAUUUAGGCACGGACAAUGCAUUCCUAUUGUUAACACAAGCACGGCUGUUUGAUGAGCCCCAGCUGGCUGCACUUUGUCUGGAGAUGAUUGACAAGAAUACAGCUGAUGCUUUAAAUGCUGAAGGAUUCACUGAUAUAGACCAGGAUACUUUAAAUGCAGUGCUUGAAAGAGACACACUUAGAAUUCGUGAAGCUAAAAUAUUCUCAGCUGUGUUGAGAUGGUCCGAAGCAGAAUGCAUUCGUCGUCAACUCCCCGUCACUCCUGCAAAGCAGCGAAUGGUUUUAGGUCGAGCAUUCAACGCUAUAAGGUUCCCAUUAAUGUCAGUAGAAGAAUUUGCAAUGGGACCUGCACAGAGUGGCUUAUUGGACGACCGGGAGAUAGUCCAAUUGUUCCUGUACUUUACAGUGAACCCGAAACCAAAUGUAGGCUUUUUAGAUACACCACGGUGCUGCAUGACUGGCAAAGAGUUAACAGUCAAUAGGUUCCCUCAAACUGAGUCCCGGUGGGGUUACAGUGGCACCACGGAUAGGAUUAGAUUCACAGUGGAUCAGAGGAUAUUCGUAGUAGGCUUUGGAUUGUAUGGAUCAUAUUUUGGACCUACUGAAUAUGAAGUGCAUUUACAAAUAAUUCACCUAGCUACAAAAAAGGUGUGUGGAUCUAACACAACGACUUUCUGCUGUGAUGGCACUGAUGAUACAUUCAGAGCUAUGUUCAAAGAGCCCGUUGAGAUACUGCCCAACACAUCAUAUAUAGCUAGUGCUAAACUUAAGGGCACAGAUUCGUACUAUGGCACCAAAGGGCUGCGAUGUGUGACAGUUGACUGCAACAACGGCGAAAAAAUUGUGUUCCAAUUCUCAUAUGCUGCCGGCAACAAUAACGGAACCUCCGUGGAAGAUGGUCAGAUACCUGCCAUAAUAUUCUAUAUUUAAAAAAAAUACAAAAGAAAAUUGGAAACUUGUGGUGGUCAUUUAGAAACAAUCAGUAAAUUUAGAUUGGGGUAUUAUUAUUUAUUAUAAAAAUCGUUUAAGGAGUAAUUAUUUUUGAUUUUGAAACAUAUAAAAAAUAUAAUAAUAAUAACUAAAAAAAACCACAGUUUCCGCUUUUAUAGAAUCUCUUUUCUAUUAUAAAUGUCAACCAAAUUAAUUAUAAAUUAAAUUUACAAUAACAAAUGAAAACCAUACUGUUAUAUAUGUUAUACAUACAUAUUUAUGUUUUAAAUUUUCUUAUAGACUACAUAAAUUGAAGAACAAAAUAUGCAAGUCUUAUUUUUUUAAGACCUAUUAACAAUGAUCGAUUACAUGAGUCACAAUGCCAAAACGUUAUUACCUACCAUUCGAAAAUUAAAUUUUCAAAUCAAUCUUACCACUGAAAUCUCUUUACAAUACAGGUUACAAUUGUUCUUUUAAAAUAAUUUAAUUUAUCUACACUCGGACUAAUGUUCCUGAAAUAAUAUUAGUGUUUAUGAAAACAUAUCAUAUUACGAUAAUAAGAUGUCACAAUUUGCAGCUAUAUAUUACAGGGAUCUAGACGUUUUUGUUAAAUACUUCUUUGAUAAAAUAACGGCCACAUUUAAAAAAAUUAUUAAUGCCCAUCGACAAAAUUAUACGGGUAUUUAUUUUGCAAAAUGGUACCCACUGAGCUCUCCAGAACUUGAAACAAAGAAGGUUCUUUUUAAACAACAUAAGAUCUAAAAACCCAUUGCUAACAAAACCUUAGUUUUUUUUUUUUUUUUGUUUUUGUUUAAAGUUUUUUUAUUACAGAGCUCCGUUUUUUACAAAGGAAUGUGCUUAUGAAGAAAGGUUGUGUCGUCAAGUUGACCAAAAGAGUUAAAAUUGCGAAUUUAUACAAAUUAUGAUUAAUUACUAAAUGUUUACCCAGCCAAAUCUAAAAGGCAUCGUGCGUAAUAAUUAUAGUUAAUUAUUUACGAACGAGUAUUUUUAUCGGUCGGAUUAUAUAGAAUGAGCCAUAUUACAAUAAUAAAGCUAAACAUAAACUAUUUAUGUUAUUGUCGUUAUUAUGUGCUCCAAAAACGGUCAUCAUGCAUCGGUUGUUACCUAAAAUACUGAAACAAAGUUGCAUAAUCUGAGGCAACGAAUAAUAACAAAGAUAUGUAGUUGAAUGAAAUCACACUCCGCUUUGAAAUAGCGCCCAAAAUUAACGUUAUUGGAAAAAUGUUAAAACUUAUUUAUUUUACUGGCAACAUUAACGUUUAGCGCCAUUUGGGGUUUUUAUUAUUUGUUGCCUACAUGGCAAAUUCAGAGAGAACGCCCUCUAUGAUUUUAAUUUACUAAUUGAAUUUUAAAUUUUCAUCUUACAAAUAAAAUCUAAAUCCCUUAAACAAUCACGGGUCUUAAUCUUUGCUGAAAAACCAAGUACAAGACUACGGGGCUUAAUAGGUUCGCGUAAAUUUUUAUGUUUUUUAUUACAGAUAAUAUAUUGUAGUGAAAAAAAAUAUUUUCAAUGUAGUAAAUAUGUUUGCCGUUAAUAACCUUAGUACAUAUUAAACACAGCAUGUUAUUUUAUUUUUUAAUUUUUUGUAUUAAAAUAAACAUUAAUCCACUGUCUCCCAAGUUUGUAAUUUUCUAUGUGAUUAUAAAUAAUUUACAAAACUUCAAUCUAUUUAAAAAUUAUUUUAUUAAUUUAGGCAUUGAGUAUUGUAUAUAUGCAAAUUUUAUAAUAAAAUGUAUUAAUUUCUGUAUAUUAAUCUCAUAUUUUUUUAAUAAUAUUUUACACAAAUUUAUAAAUAACAAAAAGGUUAAUGUAAUCUAAACUGACUAAAAGGUAAUGUGAACUAUAAUAAAUUUAUAAUCUUCAUAAAAUGGAACAUGGACAUUUUGGAAAUGUGUAGAUUAGGAAUAAUAUUUUUACUUUAAAAGAGGCGACAUGAUUACAAAAGUUACACUUAGAGAAAUAUUACUAAAUUAGUAGUAUUGUAGCAUAUAAGGUAGUGCAUGUUAUUUUAAAAACUUCAGUUGAUAAAAAUUGAUAUAAAAAUCACAAUGUUGCAACACAAGUAUCCAUAUUGCUGCUUAUAUAUAAAGCGAUAGAUAGCAUUCUAAUUUUCAUCCAUUGCAUACGUGAUUAAUCAUUGAACAUAAAAAAAAAAAAAACAUAAUUGCUUUGACUAUUUUAAUCAUCAACUUUAUAAAAAAAAGUAGCUAAAAAUUGUUAAUGUAUUUCUCUUUUAUAUUUUUGAUAGGGUGUUAGUACUAGUUAUCGUCACGUGGUAACCACGGAAUGAAAUCGACGUGAAAAAUGUAUUGAUACCACUUACGUAUAUAUAUUUUUUUUUAUAUUUAACACAUUGAAUUUAGCUUUUAAUAUAUUAAAAAAAAAUAUUCUUAAUGCAAGGCGUUUAAAUUUUAUAAUGACUGAACGGUGCAAAAGUUAAUGCUUCUUGAAUGCGGCACCAUCACUUUGUUAUUUCAUUGGAACAGUGACUGUCCUGCCUUAUCAUAUAAUGUGUAAAAUAAUAAUAACUGUAAUCGAAAAGAAAGGAUGUGAGGGAGGCAACUCGACAAGUGAAACAGAAAAAUAUACCUGUCUCUUUUAUUACUAUUGAUGUAAAAAUUUCUUUAGGCACAUUGGCCACUUAUUAGGAUGGGGAUAAGCACUGACUGCGACGAUUACGUUCAGAUAUUUAUAUUCAUACUUUAAAUUGUAAACAAUACAACUAAUAAAUAUUUUAUUAAUAAAAAUACGUCAUAAAAGAUUAUUUCUUAAUAAUCCAAAAAUUAUGUUUUCAAGUUUAUAAAGAUCAGUAUUUUUCACUUCUGACAUAUAGUUCUACAAUUGAUUCUGUUUUUUUUUUUCCUUUUUAUUAAUCAAAAAUUAUUAUCAAGUCUCAUAAAUACAGAAUUGCAUAUUUUCUCUUAACGUUCACUACUCGAGAAGAUAAUUCUCCCUCCCCUCCGUAUUUUUCUAUGACCAUAAAAACUUCGUAAUACCCAUAGAAUUACAAUAAAAACAUUAGGUCAGUUACUGAGUUUCUUGUAAUUUAAAAUAAACGAAGGUAUUAAUAUAUUAAUUUUCCUAUUUUAUAUUAUAUUUAGAAUAUAAAUAGUCAAAGUUAUUUAAAUUGUUGGCCGUGCAUUACAAUCAUAUAACAACUUGAAAAUGUUACAAUGAACUUCUGUAUUUACUAGAUUACAAAAAAUUCCUAAUACAAUGUGUGGUCAACAACCGGUACAUUUACCUUACAUCUAUACAUUAUCUGUGAUAGGUGCGUGGAGAGAGUGCACAAGCGACUGAAAGAUGGAUACAAUAUUACCAAAUCAUUUUUUAUUAAAAACAUUUGGGACCAUAAAUCCCAAAAGAUUUUUUUUUUUUUUUGUAUGUUAUAAUAACGUGAAAUUAAGAAUAUGUAUUUGAGCGCGACAGGAUUAUAAAAACUUGAAACUUCUAAUAAACUUUUUAAAUUUUAAAUUUCAUGAUAAUUAUACCAUACUAUUUUUUUUUUAUUUUGAGUCCGUUUUUAAUGUUGUCUUCUACUAAAUUAAGUGUUACAAAAUAUGUUACAUUUGCGAAAAGUAUAACACUUGUCGCAAUUUUGAAACCCUUGAUAUGACAUCUACACAAUCAAAAAUGUUAUUAUACAUUUGUUAUAACGUGUAUAAAAUUGAAUACAUGUAUAAUAUACACAAUUCAUGUUGGAGAUAGAGUUGCGAUGUAAUUUCACUCCAAUUUAACAAUUAAAUAAAUUUAUUGGACUUUCAAGGUUUUUAUAAUUACGAAUAUUAGUAUAUAAGUACGCCUUAUUUAUUAUAAUUUUGGCUGACACAGGAAAACUCUUCGAUACACGCCCUAUGUCGUGUUGCCAAAUUUUUAAACAUUAUCUUUUAUACUAUUAACAAUAUUUGAAUGUAUAAUCUUCUGUUUACCGUCUUCUCAGUGUGAAUUAUUAUUUUUCUAGUCAAAUUAUUGUUAAUGAUUUCACAGAUCACAACAUGAUUUAAAGAAUGAAUCUCGGCGCAUAAUUUAUAAAUCAAAUAGUUUUGUACAGUACAUAAAAUAUGUUACAGUUUGCUGCUUUAUCAUAAUGGCAUUAUUUAAAAUUACAAACAUUAAUAAAUUGUUAUUAUGAUAUGACAAGGUAUAAAAGUUUUAAUAGAUUUUUGUACGCGGCUAUAUGUUAAAAAAAAAUGCUAGCAAUUCUGCAAUAUAAUCAUGGAGUUUGGUCUUCAAACUCGAAUAUCAUGUAUUGGAAGAACUACGCUUCACAUAACCUAUUAACUUUCGUACAGGUACAGUUUUUUAAACGAAAAUUGGCUGCAUCUUUUAGAAUUCUGUCAUUUAAACUUCAAAUUCGCGCGCUUUUUAUCACUGCCAUUUUUAGUGUAUUUUUUUUAUUUCCUAUCAGCUCGAACUAAAUCCUUUAUUUAUAAUAUUUAUAUUCUGUGGGUUAUAGCGUGAUGCGAGUGACAGUUAACAUUUUGUCAAUUUUUACUGUGUAUUGACUACUGAAUGGAAUGAAAAAAAUGGCGGGAAAGGUGAACAUUUAGUUCAAAUCGAACAGCUGAAGUUUAAGUAAACAUAAAUACGCAAUGGGAUAAUACGUAAUUGAUUAUUAUAAUUGUGGUAUGCUUUGAAUAUUACUUGUAGAAAAAUAAUUUUCAAAUUACGAAUUAUUCUUAUAAAUGACGCUGGCAGAAGUAGUUGUAAAAAUGUCAACCGAUUGCCUUUAAGGAAAAGAAAAAGAACUAUUGAAUAAGUCUAAUUAAUCUAUAACUCAUUCUUCAAUAGCUUUUUUUUUUUAAUUAAAAAUACUAAAAGAAGAAAAAUCUAUAAACUUCUCUUAACAAUAAUAUCCACGAAAUGAGUCGAAGUCAAUAACUAUAAUUGAGGCUUCCUCACGGUCAAAUGUUUUAUUUAAUCUCUACUUUACGUUCUAGUAAUUUUAGUGGCCUGUCACACGCACUAUACCCUUCUAACCUCUUGCGGAUUAUGCAUAGGACAUCAACAAAAUUUCUUAUGGAUUUUUUUUCCACAUUGUUUAUAAAUGCAACUCUUCGCAAUCUUAAUUAUUCAUUAAGAUUAUGUUAUACCAUAUUAUAAAACCAGCUGUUUUGAUAUAAAAAUUAAACUAAUGUACCGAUUUUAAUAAAAUUUAUUUAUGAGGCCAAUCUGUAGGUUAUCCUUUCAGAUAAAAAAAUAUUCAGUUUACAACUGAGGAAGUAAUGAGGUAUCAAACUUAAAAAAAAAAACAAAUAAUACAACCAAAUUGAGUUUGACAGUCACGUUCUUGACAGUUCUUAUUUUCUCCGUCAUUUUAGGUUAUAUAUAUAUAUAUAUAUAUAUAUAUAUAUAUAUAUAUAUAUAUAUAUAUAUAUAUAUAUAUAUAUAUAUAUAUAUAUAUAUAUAUAUAUAGUUUACCAAAUUUCAUCGAAUUCGGAACAUACCCCCAGAGGUAUUUUUUUAAUGAGUGAAAAUGGAAUGGUAACCCCGCCUGCGCUAACAGGAUACGCUGGCGGAGCACCAGUGAAGGGUGAUAGAUGAGAAUGAAAACAGGCCAAUUAGCCCAUCAUGAUGAAUUCAUCAGGAAUUAACCAUGAUAGUUUCCAGGGAGAACCGCGAGGAGGUCGACCUGGUUGGGUAUAUUGCAAUGGGAUUCUCAGUAUCCAUUACUAACAAUCCCUUUCCCCCUUACCUCCAGGGGUUAGGAGGGUACUAUAACACGCAGAAUAUAGUGGCUUCGUAUUGAUUUUUUAUUGAUGUGCUAGCUUGAAAUCCCACACUGAUUUCCAAUUAAUAACUCAUAAUUGGUUAACAUUGCGUUUAUAUAGUAUUACUGGAAAGCCCUCAUAUGUUGGAAAUAUAAUAAAAAAACAAUGCCAAAUGAUAUUUUUUAUAAUUUUUUAUUGUAUUAUUUACGUACUUAUUUUAUUUGCCUACCAAAUUCAAAACGUAGUGGAGGAAUUGUAAAUGUAAUGUAACUAUGCUUAGAUUAUGUAUUUUUAAACGAGUAUUUUGUAUAGAACGAGGCGGUGUUUCAUAGAUGUCUUUAAUUAAAUAAAAUUAAAUUAUACUAA